GCAGCUUCCACUGCUCGAUUUUCAUGCGUCCGUGUAUAUAUGGACUUUCCAGCUGUCGCUAGACUCUUUAGACAGCUCGCGACCCAUCAAUUCUGCCAGCCCUUUCAGCAUGGUCGCCCUCUUCUCGUGGCGAAUCAACGCCGCACAAUCCGCUAUGGCGCCUCACGUCCGCAGCCCCAACCGAGGACCAAGACGGUCUCGGUAAGCCAUUGGCAACAGCGCACCGAUCAUUUCCCUCUGGACAAAGCAGAAGACUACAAACGGUACCCUACCGUAACCGCGGAUACGCUUCGAACUCGCAAAGAGCGGCCCAAGAGAGUCAAGAUGCUUAUGCGGGACUUCAUUGAAGACAGCUUGUACAAUCCGACUUAUGGAUACUUCAGCAAGAAUGUGACCAUAUUCUCCCCAGGAGCUCCAUUUGAUUUCAAUCGGCUCAAGGACGAAGUGGAGUUCAAUCGCUUACUGGGCGAGCGAUAUACGCAAUUCGAAGAUGAGUUAGAUGAGAAGGAAGGAUAUAGAGAGGAUAGGCAGCUAUGGCAUACGCCCACGGAGCUGUUCCGUCCGUUCUACGGCGAGGCGAUUGCAAGGUACAUGGUUGCGAACUACAAGUUGACGGUCUAUCCUUACCAUGACUUGGUGAUAUAUGAGUUGGGAGCGGGCAACGGGACCUUGAUGCUUAACAUUCUGGACUAUAUCCGCCGCACGGAUCCCGAGGUCUACGCCAGGACCAAAUUCAAGAUCAUUGAGGUGUCGUCAGCGUUAGCGAACCUGCAGCAUGCGCACCUGAACGCCACGCUUGCUAGUCGUGGGCAUGUCGAAAAGGUCGAGAUCAUUAAUAAGUCAAUCUUUGAUUGGGAUCAAUAUGUGUCGACACCCUGCUUCUUCCUUGCGAUGGAAGUCAUUGAUAAUUUCGCUCACGAUGUUCUGCGAUACGACCCCUCUACGGAAGAGUGUAUGCAAGGAUCCGUCCUUAUAGAUGCCGAAGGAGACUUUUACGAAUUCUACAGUCGGACGCUAGAUCCCGUGGCCGCACGCUAUUUGCGAGUCCGCGACGUUGCAUGCCAGGAUCGACAAUACAGUCACCCGCUUCAUUCAUCACGGUUGUGGCGCAGUUUUCGACACCAGCUCCCAUUAGCACCCAACCUCACCAUGCCCGAGUACAUCCCAACACGACUGAUGCAGUUCUUCUCAAUCCUCGGCACGCACUUUCCCGCUCACCGCCUCGUUACCUCGGACUUCCAUAGCCUGCCCCAAGCUACACCUGGCUACAACGCACCCGUCGUGCAGACGCGGUACCAGCGCCGAACGGUCCUCGUGCGUACGCCGUUAGUGCAUCAAGGUUACUUCGACAUCCUCUUCCCCACUGAUUUCGGCGUUAUGGAGGAUAUCUACCGUGCCAUCACGGGACGACUGACGAGAGUUAUGACGCACGAGGACUUCUUCCGCCGAUGGGCUUAUGUGGAGGAGACGCAGAUGCGGAGUGGAGAGAACGCUAUGCUGGGGUGGUACAAGAAUGCUAGUGUAAUGGUGACUGUUUAGUAGUAUAUUCCGUACAACGACUUCUGCAGUAUACAGCGGCGUGAUGAUCAUCUCACAUUCAUUGUCCGUGUAUAGACGUUGUCGGCCCAAUCGUCACUUACUACAGUAGGUAGGCUCUU